UUCACCAAUCGGAACAUGAGACAGCCGGGCGCCGCCCACCGGGCGUGGAGAGAAAGGCGGGCAGAGCUCAACCUGGCGGCUGGAGUCCAGUCCCAGCGCGGUGGAUCGCGAAGUUCUUCCCAGUGGCUCGCCCGUCGCGUGGGGAUUGUAACUGUAAUGGGCACCGAGGGGAAAGCCGGGAGGAAACUGUUGUUUCUCUUCACGUCCAUGAUCCUUGGCUCUUUGGUACAAGGCAAGGGUUCAGUGUACAGUUCUCAAUCAGACGUCCAAGUUGCUGAGAAUAACCCCGUCAAGCUGUCCUGUACCUACUCUGGCUUCUCUAAUCCCAGAGUGGAAUGGAAGUUCGUCCAAGGUGGCACCACCACACUUGUUUGCUAUAACAGCCAGAUCACAGCCUCCUAUGCAGACCGUGUUACCUUCUCAUCCAGUGGCAUCUCUUUCAAUUCUGUGACCCGGAAAGACACUGGAGAUUAUACUUGUAUGGUCUCUGAGGAUGGUGGCCAGAACUAUGGGGAGGUCACCAUCCACCUCACCGUGCUAGUGCCUCCAUCCAAGCCGACUGUCAAUAUCCCCUCCUCUCUCACCAUUGGGAACAGGGCAGUGCUGACCUGUUCAGAACAAGAUGGCUCCCCGCCUUCUGAGUAUUCCUGGUUCAGGGAUGGGAUAGAUAUGCUUACGGAUGCCAAGAAAACCCGUGCCUUCAUCAAUUCUUCAUACACGGUUGAUCCAAAGUCAGGGGACCUGAUCUUUGAUCCCGUGACAGCCUUUGACAGUGGCGAAUACUACUGCCAAGCCCACAAUGGGUUUGGGACAGCUAUGAGGUCAGAGGCCGUACGCAUGGAUGCUGUGGAGCUGAAUGUGGGGGGCAUCGUGGCAGCUGUCCUGGUAACACUGAUUCUCCUUGGAGUCUUGAUUUUUGGCAUCUGGUUUGCCUAUAGUCGAGGAUACUUUGAAAGAACAAAGAAGGGGACUGCACCAGGUAAAAAGGUGAUUUACAGCCAGCCAAGUGCUCGAAGUGAGGGGGAGUUCAAACAGACCUCAUCAUUCCUGGUGUGACCUGCUGCGGCUCAUCUCUUCUCUACUUGCCUUAUUACUCAGGUGCUACAGGUUCCAGCCCUUGCUGGCUGUAGCCGCACAGGAUGCCUUCGAUGUCUUCUAGGUCCCACAGGACCCCUUACUUUUAUUUUAGCUAGGAUGUGAUUUCAGUAAUGUCAGCUAUUUUUCCUUCCUUACUCCUGCCCACCACCACUGGGUGGCCUGAGACUAGUUACAAAAUUUCAUUCCCUGUUCUUAUGUGGGAUUGGACAAGAGUCCUGGAAUUGACAGCAAAAAUGACUGGACUGAUAGGAACCUGAAACCAGUACCUGGCUGGUAGGCCUUUGAAAGGACUUUAAGCCUAAUUCCCCAGCUUUCUCCUCCCCUGAUGAAGAUGGGUGCCAGCUAUCCCAGAGUGGGGACUGGAGAAGGGGGGCGGCACUGAAGUGUUUGCUGGUGACCUCAGCUCUUCAGUCUCUGGAGCCUUCUGUCCCCACAAAAUGUGCCACUUGGAUUCUCCUGGAUACAAGCAAACUGACACUGCGUCCUCUGAGGUGGGAGAGCUUAGUAGUCAACCAAGACACUUGGAGUAAGAAAGAUUUAAACUACUGAUCUAAAGAAAAUGUUGGGACUGGUAGCCUGCAGUCACUCUUCCCUUGGCUGGAACAACUUCACAGACCCUUGUAAGGUGUGUGUGUGUGUGUAUUGGAGAUGUGUGCAUUAUAGAGUAUAGUGUUGGCUCUGUGGUGGGCUCUGUGUGUGUGUGUAUAUGUGUGUGUGUGUGUGAGAGAAAGAGAGAGAGAAUAGUUGAUUGUUAUACAGAAGGGCUUCCCAGCUCUUUGACAAGGUUGUAUAUCUGUGUGUUUAUAUUAGACAGAUGUUGUUGGAAAUAAAAAUGUGGUUUGUGAA